AUGUUGGAUGCUGCUGAGAAGUUCCAAACAACAUUUGAAAAGUUAGAGGAUGAGGAUCCUAGCUACAUGGAGUUUUUUGAACAUUCCAGUCCACCUUGUUCUACUGAUUGGGAAAAAGCUAAGGCUUUUGUGAUUUUUUUGAAAAUAUUCUAUGAGGCAACCAAAUUGUUUUCAUCUUUGCAAGAAGUGUCAUUACAUUUAGCCUUUCAUAACUUGUCUGAUAUUUUGUGUAAGCUUCAAGAAGCGUCCUUGAACAUGAAAACCUAUGUGGCUCAAAUGGUUUCUAAUAUGAGGACCAAAUAUGAUAAAUAUUGGGGAGAUGUUGAAAAAGUGAAUCAUUUUAUCUAUUUUGGAGUAAUCUUUGACCCUAGGUUUAAGUUCGGUUAUGUUGAGUGGUCUUUCAAUGACAUGUAUGGGGUUGGUAGUGAACUUGCUAAGAAAAAUGCUAAGUGUGUAAAAAAAAGUCUAUAUAAAAUAUAUAAUUGGUAUAAAUUUGAGCAUGAUAAAAAUAUCGGGGCUGCCCUCUUAGAUGCACCAUCCGGGAGCACUUCCCAUGGAGAAACAUGCACCCAAACUAGAAAACCAUCACUUUUUACAAGGGCUGAUGCUUUUAAACAACACUUGAAAGAGAAAGACAUGGUUGAUAAUCAAAAUUAA